GCCCAUAGCAACACAAACAAGCCUGACACAAAGCGCCAUUUUUCUAUUGAUCGGAUACUAUGCAUGAAUUAUGUGUGUGUGCAGUGAGCCAUCUGCAACACAUGUAUACAAUAAUACCUAUGUAUGCACGCCGUCAAGGGUCUGACUAUAGAGCAAGGACCCGUUUAUUUUCAACUUGAAAAUAGGUAGGGCCUAAACCUACAGGCGAAAAACGUCUCCAACAGUCACGCUGCUGCAUGAGGUUGCAGAGAGGUAGGCCUAGCGAGUUGAAUCUGAAAUAUUAUAGGUGUCCAAGAUGUCGAACGAAAAUGAGCCGGAAGACCAAACUGAAGAGGAAGAUAUGGUUGUGCUAGAUACGGACGAAAACGCCAACAAGACACCGGCUGGUAGCAGAGCGCCCAGCCGGGCCAAGAGUCGAGGCAGUAUCGGAGAUGAUCGCAAGACAAUAACCAGGAAAGGUGGUCGAUCAACAGCCCGCCCUGACAGUAGACUGUCUGGAGUGGAUGAUAAUGAGUCCCAGAUUGAUGACUCUGCCCGAUCAGAGACAACAUACAGCGAGAGCAGUGGCUUUGAUACAGACCUAGAGGUUGAAGACACCAUUUUGGCACUGAAGAGAAAUGUGCGUGAGGCUUAUGAUGCAUCAGGUAAAUCCACCUACAAGGAAGCUUGUCGACUGAAUGGCGUGAUACCUGUCUCAUACUUUCUUAGACACAUAGCUGACUCAGAGCUGACUAUGAAGCAUCAUGGUCUAGGGCCUGCUGGAGCCAAGGCUAUUGCUAUCUCGCUGGUGACUAACACUACAAUUUGUAAGUUGAACCUGAGUGAUAACUGGCUAGAUGCUGUUGGUGGAAUUGCCAUCGCUGAUAUGCUCAAAGAAAACUGCUACAUAACUGAUCUGGACCUUUCAGAGAACAAAUUGGGUAACUCAGGAGCGAAAGCCUUGAGUGAAAUGCUUCUGCAGAACAGUACAUUAACACAUCUCACGUUAACAGGAAACAGCUUUGAAGACAAAAGUGCAGAAUAUUUUGCUGAAGUCAUUUUGAACAAUAGCAAACUCGAGUAUGUGAAUCUGAGUCACAAUGAAUUCAGUGAGGCUGCAGGACUGCUUCUUGGGCCAGCAAUUUCUGAAAAUAUCACCAUGAGACAGCUUGAUCUGAGCUGGAACCACAUCCGAAGAAAAGGAGCCCUAGCACUUGCUAAAGGCAUCAUGAAUAACAUUGGACUGAAGGUCAUCAAUAUAUCUUGGAAUGGCUUUGGCAAUGAAGGUGCCCAGGCUCUUGGUGAAGCACUCAAAGUGAAUAGCUCAUUGGAAGAAUUAGACAUCACGAAUAACAGAAUAUCUGGUGAAGGAGCAGUUUUCUUGGGGAAAGGUUUGACCAAUAAUGAAACGCUCAAGAUUCUGAGAAUUGGGAAGAAUCCUAUGCAAGCAGCUGGAGCAUUCGCCAUCUUAAAAGCUGUCAAAGAUAAUACAAAUACCAUCAUGGAUGAAUUGGACUUUUCAGGGAUUCAAGUGAACAAAGAAUUUGAAGAUCUGUACAACCAGUUGAAGGAGACUCGUCCCAACAUUAAAAUCCAUCAUGGCGGUAUGAAAGAAGCUGUCAAACCUAAACAGAAACUGAACCCUAUGCUGAAACUACAACGCUACAUUCAGAAGAACAACUUACGCCUGGUGGACUUCUUCAACAAGUUUGACAAAGAUGGAAGUAUGAGUGUAACAUAUGAUGAGUUUGAAGAGGGACUAGUGGAGAGUGGCAUUGACCUUUCCAAAGAAGAGAUAGCUUAUAUGAUUGGUGAAUUGGACAAAGAUGGUGAUGGAGAAAUUAACUACAGCUCCAUCUACAGAUCUAUCUUAGUGCAUGAUCAUGGUACAAGGCAGGCAGCCAUGUUUUGCACUGGUCCCCUGCAGGCUCAGGCAGCUGCCAUCACCAUAGCACUGACAUUCAGCCCAACUAAUCCUCUCUUCUCGUCCUGAACCAACUUAUCAUUGUUACUUACAUCAUUUUGCUACUUUGCACUACUUCUCUUGCAAACGCCCAUAUUGCAUGGUUUGUAUUACAACUGUUUUCUCUUUAUCAUACCACGGUCAGACUCUCUUUGAUAAGCUAGGAAACCAUUUAUGUAUGUACAAUGCAUAGGAAAAAACUCUGUCAAGCAGACCUCAUGUUCUGUUCAAUUUCCCUUAUAUCGUAUCACAUUUUGCAUAGCAAAAUCGACCAAAUGCUGCACACUUUCUAAAAUAAAUCACACAUUGUGCAAUACAAAAUGCAUAUGGCUUGAUGCUAUAAUAUGCUUGAAACAACACUUUGAUUUACUCAUAGAGCUUGAAAUAUGCAUGCAUAAAUCGAGUCCGCAAUCGGGCAAUGAGUUGACUUCAUUGGUUCCCACACAACUCGUGUUCACUUGAGAUAGCCAAAGUGGGGGAUCGGUAACGCUCACGCAUUUCGGCUAGGCUCCAGGCAUGGUGCAUACAGCAUGUACUGUACAGUACAUGUACAUGACUGAACAUGCGGUCAUCAUUUCAUGUCUUUGUUGGACAUUGCGUUAACGUUUAACUUCUGAAGAGCCAAAUGGAAGUUGAAAGUGGUGCAGAUGGAAAAUUAAGUCAUGGAAGAAUGAAAAACAAGUUCAACUUACACUUGCUGGAAUAAAAAAAUGAUUGAAGUUUCCUUUUAUGACUAAUGUUACUCACGCUUUUGGUUAUAGGGAAGAUUGAUGUACUACCAGAUUGUACAUACAUUUUUAAUAGAGUCCCCUAACAUUACGCACUUCGACUUUCACUUGACUUGUUGCCAAAUCCCUUGUUGAAAAACUACAUUUUGUUAAAUACUUAUACUGUAACCCUCAUAAUACAUUCUGUUGAACAUUCAGCAUCGUGAAAUUUCAUCUGAAAUCCAAAAAUGGCAGGUCCGGAAAUUGGGCAAGAAUUCAGCUGGGUGUUGCCUGACAACCCACCAUGCCAGCUUCGCGCACUUGAAAAAAUGCCCCCAAACCGGAAUAAACAUUAAAGAAAUUCUUUGAAGUUGAUAAAAACUACUAAAUUAUUAUUAGCUCCACUCAUCAAACCACAUGUUCAUCAGAAAAUUAUUUUUGUAUUUUGCAGGUAUUUUUAAGAGUUCAUUUUGGACUUAAGAAAAAAUUAAAAAAUCAAGCCCAAAAUAAAAAUUUCAUUGGCAAUGUGUAGCGGGUCAGGAUUUUUGUAAAAUCAAGAUUCUUGAAUCAGAAUGUUGAGAGUUUCCAAUUUCACUUAUAAUGAAAUUCGAGGAAGAAUAUUGCUCUGGCAACGUAGGCACUAGAGGCAAAAAAUCAGAGUGUGCCACAUUAGGGUACAUCAGCAUAAUCCUUUGGUAAGUAAGCCAUGGCCAGCCACACAAGAAAGCCAACACAAGUGUUCACACUUUGGCAAGCAAAAUGAAGGUCAGAUUCUUCCAACAGUGCAAUUUACAUGAAACUCACAUGAAAAAAUUUGGCAGGAUAAUCAGGUAUUGUGAUGUUGAUCAUGUGCAGCCAUUUUAAUCAGAUCCCGUGCCCAGGUAUUUUGCCCCUAUUUUCAGGUUCCUCACACCUACAUAUACUUUACCCACUUUAAACAUUUUCCGGCCCAAGACUUACUCUGAAAGUGAAUUGAAAGACCAUUGUUGAGGACUUUGUUUGUUUUGUUUUCUUUUAUAUGGCUAUUCAGUGGUUUCAUACAGUUACAUUGUGAAAAGACUGCUACACGAAAUUAGGCAAUUGCUAUGCAAACAAAAUAUUGCAUAGCAGUUUGCAUGCAAAUAUUUUGAGGAAAUCAAACCCUGUAAGUAAUACUCUUGACUCAGCUGUCAAAUUGUUACCAUUAAUACAAUUACAGUCUUGUUAAAAAACCAAAAGUAAAAAGGAGGAUUAAAAAAAUGGAUGAAUAAAGAACCAAUGCCAACUAAAUAUAACUGAAGCGUGAAUAAGAAUAGAAAAAACAUGAAUCAUUCUAUAGAUACCAUAAAGAAAGAAAACCAGGAAAGUGUGUGCUUCCCCCCGUGGUAACAUGACUACGUCAUUUGAAUCAGUUGGCUCUUACAUCAUUUACACUUCUUCCCCUUGUUUCAUCAUUCAGUCUUUCAUCAUUUUACUUUCAACAGUUCAUUACUGUCUAUUUUAGGAUCGUUUUCAGUAUGUGGAGGAGGGGUCUUGGCUUUGCUAAGCAGUGACUGAGUUUGCUUUUGUUCUUUUGCAAUGAAAACUUUGUUGACAACAAUCUGUUGUCAUUUUGUUGUCAGUGUGCACAUUUUCAAUUCUGUAGAUGGGUAUUGAUGACUCCUUGUUGAGCUUCAUUUCAGAUUUGACAUCAGCUUAAGUGCACAGUGGUUUUUGGAUGCAUGGUGUCAUUGCACUGGUACACAUACAUAUAUGUACCUCUCAUCAUGGAUUUUAUUGCACAGUGGGGAGGGGGGUUGUAGCAACAAGGUCAAAUGUGAGAUGCUGGCACCUACACUGCAUGGUUCCUCCAUCAUGACUUAUUUCAAUCUUCAAGAGAAGGAAUCUGGAACCAGUCUUGAAAUCAGAGACUGCUUCACCUGCCUUUUUAUCACCAUUUCAAGAAUCAACAGCAUACAGUUUUGAUUCAUUGCCUCACCCAUGCUUGUGCAUAGAGCCUGUACUUCUUAAUUUGACACAUGAAGUGCUCAAUACAGAUUCUGUUAGUGUAAUGGAAAUUUGUUGAAUAAUAUUAAGUCUGUGAUGUCAUUAAAUGAAAUGAUAUGUUUGUUGCUUU